ACGCUUAUGCUGACGAGAUGUCUGCCCAACGCGAAACGUAGUACAAAGCGUAUCACGUGCGUGGAUCACUGAACACAAAAGUCGUCGCCUACGGCUGCCUAGCACGAUUGUUCAGCUGUAAACAACCGCACAAUGCCACAUGUUUUUGCAGUGACUCCACACAUCGUACGGCAAAACUUGACCAGAACUCGGUGCACGAUCUUACAAUCGAAAUGACACAUAUCAGCAGUGAAGCAGAGAGUGUGGACAUUAUCUUGGUGAACAGCAAAAGCGAGACGGAUCUCGAAGGCUCGUUAUUUCAGCUUCCUAUUCGACGUCGCCAAACGCAAGCGACUAUCAAUUUGAAGAAUAUUGAAGACGUAAAGCUGUUAGACUCAGGUCUUGGAGGUACGGGUAUACAAGAACGGUCGCAUGUGUUGCGCGCACCGGAUAGUACUGCAGAAGGUACAGGACCGGAUCCUUCUCAGCCUGAGGAUCAGCUUCGUCUCACUGAUGUAGCAUUCGAAAGACUUGCCUGUGCAGACACGGAAAAGCUUGCAGCAUGUCUUGACGCCGGGGCGCUCAUCGAACACGAAAACCACGAUGGCCUCACAUUACUUGUCUUGGCAAUCAAUAAUUCGAACGUCGUCAUAACCAGGCUUUUACUACAGAAAGGGGCUGACGUCCACCAUCGUGCUCAACGGAAACCUCCUCUGUUCCAUGCUGUUCAGAAUCCGGAACACGGUCCAGUGCUCAUUCGACUGCUCCUUGAUUACGGUGCAAACAUCAACACUACCUGUGGGACGCAGGGCAUGAACGCGCUGCACUGGGCUGCAGCUGCUGGUAUGGUCGACUCAGCAGAUUAUCUGCUCUCCCGAGGUAUCGACAUUGAAGCUACUUGUGCAGGAGAGCACACUGCCCUGCAUGUGGCUGCCGGCACAGGGCACCUCACCGUUGUGAAACUUCUCUUGGCCCAGGGUGCAGAGCUAGCAAAAAGAGGUGAACUAGGCGGAAGCGCAAUCACAUUCGCUGCUUCUAUGGGACAUCUCGAUGUCGUCAAGCUAUGCACGGCGGAGGGUUUGCCGGCCGCCAAUUGCGAUGAUAAGGGUCUAACCGCCCUGAUAUGCGCCUGUGAACUUGGGCGUACUUCAGUCGUGGAGUACCUACUCGAGAAGUGUGCGGAUGUCAACAAGGCAGACACACGGCAGAGCACGCCAGCUUUAGAAGCAGCUGCGAAAGGCCAUACUGAGACAUUCCAUACUUUACUGAAUCAUGGUGCCGAUCUCAGUAUCUCUAACGCAAAAGGAGAGAAUUCGCUCGGGAUUGCAAUGUCCAAAGGUCAUAGGGACAUUGUCCGUCUGAUCCUCACCAGUUUAGGCGGCCCUGGAUACCCUCUCGAAAGUGUUUCACUCCAGAUCGCAUCGGCCAAGAGACUGGAAACGAUAAGAUCACUUAUGAAGAAUGCAUCCAUGAUGUAUGCGAACGUGCCAGAAAGCAAAUCUCUUCAAAACGGCGCCUGGGUGAAGUGGGUUCUUGACACCGGUGGCGAUCUUGUGAGACCACAAGCAUUGUCUAACAUGGUACUCGUUGCUAUCGCUGACGCAGACGUCGAUCUCAUCAGAACGCUACUGUCUGUCGGCGCUGACCCCAAUGAUUUCUCACUCAGCACUGCUGUUGUCAACCGAAAUCUUGAUGUUGUCCGCCUUCUUCUUGGAAGUGGCGCUGGCCCUGCAGCAUCGCCUCGUUGCAUCAAACGUGCUGACGGUCGUCCGGAUAACGCUCUACUCGAUGUAUUACUGAACAUGCCAUACCAGAAAGACAUUUGCCUUGCAACCCUGCAGGCACUACUCGACAGUGGUCGUUUCAAUAUUCUCACAGGGUCGUCUUCUAGUCAGACUGCUUUCUGGCGAGUCCUGGAGUCCGAAGAUUGGGGCCCUGAACUCCAAACACAGGUUGCGUUCAUAAUGUUGGAAUCGGUAACUGACAUCAACUACGCUUGUAGCGGUGAUGGUGGGACGUUAAUCCAUCACGCUACCCGAUACGGUCGUAAGGAUAUCGUAGGAUACCUGCUGGAGAAAGGAGCCAACAUCAACGCUCAAGACAACGCAGGACGAUCGCCAUUCAUACUUGCUUGCGAGUACCAAGCGAACAUGAUACUCUUCCUUCGUGAAAGAGGCGCGGAUCUCGAUCUUAGAUACGAAGAUGGCAGAGGGCCACUCCAUGCAGCUGCAAUCGUGGGAAACAUCAGGGCGCUAGAGUUACUCUGGACCCAAGAAUCUAUUGUGCAGGGUCUAGACGAAUGCUCUAGAGAUGGUUGGACUCCUCUUGCGUGCGCUCUGGGAGCGGAUCAAGAGGAAGCAGCAUCGUUUUUGAUCGAGCGUGGGGCCAAUCUUAAGCACAUUGUUGCUACAAACGGACGUAGUAUGCUUCAUCUCGCAGCAGCUUUUGGACACGAACGUGUGUUUGAGCAAAUCCUCCGUCUUGGAGAUGUAGACGUGGAUGCGAAAGAUGCUGUAAAUCAUAGCACACCUUUACUGCUGGCAUGCGCAGGCACACGCUACAAAUCAGGUUCGACGAAGAUCGUCCGCGCUCUACUCGCGGCUGGAGCAGACAUUGAAUGGGCCGCCAGUCAUCUCGAUCGACCGCUGCACGUCGCUAUUACCACUGGAAACACGCAGAUUGCGCAUAUACUUGUCGAACAUGGGGCAGAUAUCACUGCUACUGGAGACAAGGAUCGAACCCCUCUGCACCUAACUGCGGAGCACAGUAAUUCAGGCUUCAUGCGCCUUCUGCUACGGCGUGGAGCCGCGACUGAGGCCACCGACGAUUCGGGCUGGACGCCACUUCACCUGUGUAAUAGACCGGAUGAGGCUCAGAUCUUGAUCGAUCACGGUGCAGAUGUAGACUGUGUUGACAAAAAGGGAUUGACGCCAUUGCAUCAUGCAAUUUUGUAUGGGGAUCUCGGGCUUUUCAUGAUGCUGCGCAGAUAUGGUGCAUCAACUCAUACAAGGGGAAAGAAUGAUGGGAGAAAUGCCAUGGAUAUUAUUGAAGAUAUGACGGACAUCAGGUUGAGAGAUGAGUUCCUUGCCAGCGUCAAUCGCAAUGCAAAGGACCGCUAAGUUGAAGCAGGAGUGUAACUUAACUAGCCAGCAGAUUGUGAUCCAAACAAAAGGGUUUAGAAAUCUGCCUCUCUGAAAAACGAAGGAAUGUAUGGUGGUUGUGGCUCGCAUGCAACAGUACCCUUCCCAACCUGGUCGACUAGGAAUACCACUCCUAUCUCAGCCGUGUAUCCUCACAACCACGAGGUUUGGAAGUGUAAAAAACAUUGGUACGCAAACCUGGAAGUGCCAUGGUUCUGUUGUAGGGAACAUUCUCCUCGUUUCUUGAUCGGUGAAACAAUUAGCUUGUAGAUUGGAUACCCUUAGAUUUAUGGUUGGAGGGAAUUAAUUCGUGAAGCGGGACCCUUAACAGUGGUAUAAUUCACCGCCAAGGAUCGUGAACCGUUGUAAAGAAGCAACAUGAACCAUAGAAGAGCUGCAAUAUUAGGAUAAUAUAAUAUUUAGUCACUAGAGACCUCAUACUCAAG